UUUCAGUAUUGGCUUGGUGUUACUUAUAUUUCAACUUGAAGAAUACUACUUAUAUGUCUAACACAUAUACAUUUGAAUUGAGCAUGACCUGUGAUGGGUGCGCAAAUGCAGUGAGGAAAGUAUUGUCGAAAUUAGGAGCUGAUAUAUCGGAUGUACAGAUUAAUCUAGAAACCCAGCGUGUCAUUGUUACGACUACACUAUCCGCUGACUCGAUACUUGCAGUAUUGCAGAAAACUGGUAAAGAAUGCAAGCAGAUUUGUUGACGAGCGCUCAUCCACCAACUGAAGCUUCAUUUAGAGAAUUUUAAUAGUUCUUUGUAUCAAAAACAAAGGACCAAGAUAAAUGAAGUUUCUAGAACAGGAAAGUCCAUUAACCCAUUCUGGCAAAUUUUUUCACGUCACCAUAUAUUGAUUAGCAUUCCUAGUUAUUUCAUCAUUUUCAGCAUGACAUUUCAUUCCGGUUUUCGCAGUUAUGUGUUUUCUGUGAUACUAUUUUUAAAGCUUUCUUAGUUUCGUUCAUUUCUGCCAUUAACGUAGAGUUCGUCUGAAUAUUAUGUCACUAUCUUUAGAUUUCGAUGCUUGAAAAGGAGGGUUUCAUUUAUCAUUCCCAACAAUUUCACUUUAUUUAUCCGU